CCCCACCCGCAUAUACAUAUAUAUAUAUGUAUAUAAGAAAGGAAAGGAGGAGUUUGUGAGUGUAGAGUGCGUGCAAUUACAAAAGCACAGAUGGAGCAUAACAUACGACUGCGCAUACUCCUCGCCGUCGCCGCCGUGGUGGUGGCUCAUCACUUUCCGGCGGCGGCGGCGGCGAGCUUCGGCAACGUCUCCACUAUUCCUUUCUCAAAAGGCUUCAGUCCAAUCUUCGGCGACGCCAACAUCUUCCAUUCCUCCGACGAUCGCUCCGUCCAGCUCCAUCUCAACCAAUACACAGGAUCAGGAUUCAGAUCGUCGGACCUCUACAGCCACGGCCUGUUCAGCGCGAAAAUCAAAUUGCCGUCGGACUACACCGCCGGAAUCUGCGUCGCCUUCUACACAAGCAACGGAGACAUAUUCCGUAAGACGCACGACGAAUUGGACUUCGAAUUCCUGGGGAACAUAAGAGGCAAAGCAUGGCGGUUUCAGACAAACAUGUAUGGCAAUGGAAGCACCCACAGAGGGAGGGAAGAAAGGUAUUCCCUCUGGUUCGACCCUUCCAAGGAUUUCCAUUCUUACACAAUCCUCUGGACCACCACCCUCAUCAUAUUUUAUAUUGACGAUGUCCCAAUUCGGGAGAUCGUACGGAAAGACGAAAUGGGCCAUGAUUUCCCGUCAAAGCCCAUGGGCCUAUACGCUACUAUUUGGGACGCUUCUGAUUGGGCCACGUCAGGCGGCAAGUACAGAGCAAAUUACAAAUAUGCCCCUUUCGUUGCCGAGUUCACCGACCUCGUCCUCCACGGCUGCACCUCCGAUCCUCUCGAGGAGGUGGUGGCUCCCGCCGGCUGCGACGGCGCCGGCGACCUCCUCGACCGAGCUGACCUCGCCACAAUCACUCCCAAACAGAGGCUCGCCAUGAAGAGAUUCAGGUCCAAGUACAUGUACUACUCCUACUGCUACGACACCGUCAGGUACCCGGCGGCGCCGCCGGAGUGCGACGUCGAUCCGGAGAUCAGGAGGAGGUUUAAGGAGACCGGCCGGCCGAAGUUCGACGAGAGCCGGCGGCGGCGGAGGGCGGCGAAGAAAAGGAGCCAAGCUGUGAGUGCCAGAAAUUAUGGGAGUGAAGAUGAGGUUUGAAGAUAAAUAUUAUUUGGUAUAAAUUUAAUUGUUGUGUAAAUCGAAUAUAAAGUUUUUUUUUCUUUUUUUUUUUUUUUGAAUUUUCAUUUUCAUUUUUUGGGUAUUUUUUUGGGAUUGAAUUCUUUAUAUUUGUAUAGAGAUUGUAUGUAAAAUAAAAAUGGGGUGGAGUGAUUUAUACAGGAAAGUAAUAAAAAGUUGUAUUGUAUUGUGUUGAAUUGAUUUAAUUUUUUU